AGGGUUUCUUUCGAAACAGUUUGGGGUUGUUGAAAGAUGGCUAAGAGAGUCUCAGCUCAGCUCUUCGUAAGCAGGUUAUCAGCUUACGCUACAGAUCAAUCUCUGAGGCAAUUGUUCUCUCAGUUUGGUCAAAUUAAAGAAGCUCGGCUUAUUAGGGACUCAAAAACACAGAGACCAAAAGGGUUCGGCUUUAUCACCUACGAAUCUGAAGAUGAUGCUCGAAAGGCAAUGAAAAGCUUAGAUGGGAAGAUUGUAGAUGGUAGACUAAUAUUUGUCGAAGUUGCCAAGAAUGCAGAGGAUGUGACAAUGAAUAUUAACAGUUCGAAAGCCGAUGACUGAUUGUAAUUUGGGUAUAGAGAGACUCACUACUAUAAUCAUGUAGACUUGUUUACAGAAUUGAUCUGAGAUCAUCAGUUCCAUGUUUUACAACACUAAUAAUGGAUAGAAGCAAUUUGUAAUGAGUCUUCACUAUAUGUUUGCUCUUGAGCUGAUCUGGGCUUAAUUUGUUUAAAUACAGUAUAAAUAUCGGGCCUAA